CAAACAAGGUUGAGGCACUGAAUACCUUCAAUCAAGGCUGAAGGACUGAACCCCGUCAAUCAAGGCUGAAGGAUUGAACCCCUUAAAUCAGGGUUGAAAGACUGUACACCUUCAAUCAGGGCUGAAGGACUGAACACCUCAACAUUACCUCUCCACUUGUACUGUCUCCAGUAUCACCGUCAACUCUGUAUUCAACUAGAGCAGCCUGCUAUACAGGAGAAACCUUUCAGCAAGAGAUAUACCCAAGUGCUACACAGCACGAGUCUUACUCAUGAAGAAGACUACGACUACAACUAGGUUGUAGCGGCUGCCUCAAUGUUACUCACUAAUUCCAGUCCCAGGUCCAGUACUGCUCCAGCCACCGCCACGGACACUACCCUCCAGACCAAGCAAUGUGAUCCUCGCUAGGACAGCGGAUGAGCUAGUGUGAGCACCAGUUGCCAAGGCUAGUGAGACUACUUGGUGUAGCAGCAGUACUGCCGAAGCUAGUGUGAAACACGUGGUUUCGCAGCAGAAUUCGUGGCUGGUGUGAAACACGUGGAGGUGAAGGCUACGGGUGGUAAGACAAACAUCAUGGCUGCGAGGGAUGAGAACGGUCGCCUGAAGCUGCCCAGUGACAGAUACGUGCCCUUCCAGCGAGUGCUCAGCAGGUCUAACCGCAGCUCGCGGCGUCAGUCUCCCGUGAGUCGCAACAGUCAAUGGGAGAGCGGCAGUGGAAGCCACAGGCCCUCCCGCAACCACUCUCACAACGUCUCGACGACGAGCACCAACACCGUCGUUUCGCCAACGUAGACGACGUCACCGACUCCCUCGGCAACCUCCGGCUGGAGCGGCGCAAGAAGGACAGACGCAGCCGCAGUCUUAAAAACGACACCACCGACAGCAGCAACAACAACUCCCCGAAGAUGCCGUUCAUCCCCUUCCAGCGUGUCUUGCACAGGCGGCGUACCACCCUUCCUCCAGCCAACAUAAAGCAAGGUAGCUCGAAGCCUAGUACUCAAGUAGGUGCAAAAAGACCCUCUACAAGCAGCGUAACCAUCAGCGAGAUCCCUCCUCCAGAAGCUGAUAGCUCAUGUGAGGAUGCACCUGACCCUGCCCCUUCCUCUCCCUCUCACUAACACACAACUCUACCAUAGUUUGCCUCAAGUCAUCAUACCAACAAGAAUACAAUAGUUGGUGAGUUUCACUCUUAGUAAUUUGAUUUUUUCCAAUUAUUUUAAACCUAAUUUGUUUAAAGUGUACUUUCAACUGUAUAUACACUGUUGGUGCAUGUUUAAUGCUUGCAUAUUUAUUUUGUAUGAAUUAAAGUACAGCUAAAAAAAAUUCUCUAAAACUAGCAUUUCUGCUAUUAUUGCUAUAUUCAUGGGGGACAUUAUUUGCACAUUUCAAAACAGCAACCAAAAAAUAAAUCUGAAAAAACUGGUACUGUACUAAGCAAGAUGAAUAUUUCAACAGCUACACGAAAAUUUGGGUACUAUGCUCUAUGAGACUUUCAUUCCUGGCCCUUCCACUGACCAUGGUUGUAUUCUGGGAGCAUCUUGUUCCUCGCUCCAUGUUUACAAAACUAUAUUGGGUAUUUUUAUCACUCUAUUUGGUCUCUGGACACAGUAUUAACCAUGGCACCCAAGAUAGUGAUACUGGAGGUGCCAAAAACAUUAAGAGUGAAUCUAAACAUUAUUGAAGAAUAGAGAAGUGUUAGAUAUGCUU